GUCGUCGUGUGCAGCGCGCUCACCGGAAGCCACGUGUGUUCCUCCUCCCACGUGUGUUCCUGAGAUGUCUCCUCGUCUUUAGCCUCGUUUUCGUUGCUUCGCGUGUUUCUCUCCUCCGGGUUCCGACAUGUCGGGGAAGUCUGAGCUGAAAAUCAACUCGCAGUUUGCGCAGAAAUACGAGAAAUACCGACAGAGAGAAGAAUUACAGCGGCUGAAGGACAGAUACGGAGACCGAGGGGACGACAGUGACUCUGAGACGUCUGAGUCCAGCUCUGACGACAGUGAAGUGGAGCUCGACCCCGCAGUCGAAAGAGACUUUUACAGAACGUUGUCACUGCUGAAGAAGAAAGAUCCGAAGAUCUACGAGAAAGAUGCCACGUUCUACUCCGAAGGAGCGUCCACCAGUGACGAGAAGCCCUCGACUUCACAGAGAGCAGCGAAGCCCAUGUAUCUGAAGGACUACGAACGGAAAGUCAUACUGGAAAGAGAAGGAAAAUAUGAAGACGAUGACGACAGCGACGACGAGGAGGCCGCCAUGAGAAGAGAGAGAGCAGCCUCUCCGAGCUACAUCCAAGAACAGAAGCACCUGAAGGAAAGCUUCCGGAAGUUCAUCCAGGACAGUGAUGAGGAGGACGAGGCCGUCGAGGGGGACGAAAGAUCCCAGCUGCUGACGAGGAGGAUCAAAACACAGGAGGAGAAGGAUGAAGAAGAGGCCGACUACAUGGAAUGGCUGAAAGGUCAGGCUGAGUUGGACGGUCCAGAGGAGGUGAAGGACAUGAAAUACCUGAGGGACUACUGGAAUGACCCGGAGCUGGAUGAGAAGGAGUGCUUCCUGAGAGACUACAUGCUUAACAAGGGCUACCUGGAGGAUGGCGAGGACGGGGAUGAUCGGAUCCCAACUUACGACGAGGUGGUCCAGGAUGAUCUGGAUGAUUCUGAGGAGGAAGGGGAGACGUUCUUGCAGCGGCAGGAAGACUUUGAGAGAAGCUACAACUUCCGCUUCGAAGAGCCUGACGCCACGCAGAUCAAGACCUACCCCCGCACCAUCGCCACGUCCGUGCGUUCCAAAGACGACCGCCGAAAACGCAAAAGGGAGGAAGUGAAAGAAAGAAAGCAAAAGGAAAAGGAGCAGAAGCAGCAGCAGCUGAAGCAGCUGAAGAACUUGAAGCGCAACGAGAUAGUGGAGAAGCUGAAGAAGCUUCAGGAGCUGACGGGCAACGAGCAGCUGGCCUUCAGUCAGGUCGACCUGGAGGGAGACUUCAACCCACAGCAACACGACCAGCUCAUGCAGAAAUUCUUCGGAGAUGAAUAUUACGGAGGAGAAGAAGAAGAAAAGCCUCAGUUUGAUGAUGACGAUGAUGAAGAGCACUGGAACUGGGACACGUGGACAGGAGAGGGACAAGAAGACGUCUACGGUGAAGAGGAAGACGGGCAGCAACAUGCUGCCUCUGGGCCACACUGCGACGAUGAUGACUUCAUUAUGGAUGCAGACUUCGACCCGAGUCAGCAGACUGCCUCCAAGAAGAAGAAGAAAAAGGAGAGGAAGAAGAUGAAGAAAGAGGAUAUGCCACAGAUGGGCAAAAAGAGGAAGAAGUCUCACUUUGCCGAGGUCAUCACCCAAAACAAGCCCGUGUUUGAUCCUCAGGAGAAGAGCUUUGAGCAGUACCUGGAUGAGUACUACAAGCUGGACUAUGAGGACAUUAUAGACGACCUCCCCUGCAGGUUUCGCUACAGACAGGUCCUCGCCAACGACUUCGGUCUCUCCACAGAGGAGAUUUUACAUGCGAAUGACACGGAGCUGAACCGAUGGUGCUCUCUGAAGAAGACCUGCAUGUUCAGGACUGACCGAGAGGAGGCAAGUGAUUUGAAAAACUAUAAAAUCAAGGCCCAGAAUGAAAAGAAGAGGAAAGAAAUCCUGAGCUCCGUUUAUGCUGAGGAAGAUGAGGAGUCGGCAGACGCUAAAACUAAGGUCGGGAAGAAGAGGAGAGAUCGUCUGAAGAACGCUGAGAAGCAAAGUACAUCAGCUGAGGACGGUGAGGCAGGCUCCGCCGCGGACUCAGCUGACGAGACACUUGCUCAGGCUCUUGGAGAGGGCGACAGCAUGGAAGAAGAAGAAGAGGAGGAGGAGGAAGAGUUCCUUAUCCCCAAGAAAAAGACGAAACAGGAAGAGGAACCACAGGCUGCUGCUGCAGAUCAAGUCGACGAGGUGAAAAACACGACCGAGAAGCCAAACUGGUCCAAGAAGAAGCACAAGCGCCCGGGUGGACGCCUCAUAUCCGGGCGCUGCAGGGUGACGAUCGGCGGCCGGGAGUUCAGUCGACAGAGACUGAAGGCUUACGGUCUGAACCCCAAGAGACUUCACUUCAGACAGCUCGGCAGACAAAGACGGAAAGAAAGGGAGAAGAGAGAGAAGCAGAAGAACAAAGAGUGAUAACGGCUCCUGCUGACACACUCGUUUUUAUGAUUAAAGAGAUAAAUACAUUUUGGUUCACGUCACUUGUGUGAUCACCUCACAUGGACCUUUAGAUUUCAACACAUAUUUUUACCUGCAACAUUUACUGUUGAAAAUUCCUGCACAUUCUGGGACCAGUGGUGAGUUCAGCCAGUUGCUUUCAUAGUGUGAACGUUUAUAUUUCAUCAUCUGUAGUUAUCUUGCAGGUGAAGUGUGAUUUAGACCUGGUGUGUAUUGGUAAUAUCAAAACAUGCUUGUGCUCGUGGUUUGAACCUGAUGGAUGAAAGCAAUAAAAUAAGGUCACACUCCCGUUGUGUGGUUUAGAGUGGAGUGAUGAUUGAUCCCUGUA